CUUUUUGGUGGGUACAAUCUUUCCAAGAUGGCGACCUCUAAAACAGCGAAUACUUACAACCGACAAAAUUGGGAGGAUGCGGAAUUUCCAAUCUUAUGUCAGACAUGUUUGGGCGACAAUCCAUAUUUAAGGAUGAUGAAGGAGAAGUAUGGUAGAGAAUGUAAGAUUUGUGCACGCCCAUUCACCAUUUUCCGGUGGUGCCCUGGAGCAAGAAUGAGAUUCAAAAAGACUGAGAUCUGUCAGACUUGUGCUAAGAUGAAGAAUAUCUGCCAGACUUGCUUGCUGGAUCUUGAAUAUGGUUUACCUGUUCAAGUUCGAGAUCAUGCUCUUGGUCUCAAAGAUGAAAUGCCAAAAUCUGAUGUGAAUAAGGAAUAUUACACUCAGAAUGCUGAAAGAGAGCUGGCAAAUACAGACUCUACCAAUCCUGGAGGAGCAUUAGGGAAGGCAAAUGCUCCAAGUGAUUUGCUGCUAAAGUUGGCUCGAACGGCACCAUAUUACAAAAGAAAUCGUCCACACAUUUGCUCAUUUUGGGUGAAAGGAGAAUGUAAGCGUGGCGAGGAAUGCCCCUAUCGACAUGAAAUGCCUACAGAUCCCAAUGACCCAUUGGCAGACCAAAACAUCAAAGAUCGAUUUUAUGGUGUUAAUGAUCCAGUAGCCAACAAACUUCUCGACAGAGCAUCAAAAUUGCCAAGCCUAGAAGCACCACCUGACAAAGCUAUCACCACACUAUAUGUUGGUGGAUUAGAUGGAAAGGUAUUAGAACAAGAUUUAAGAGACCAUUUUUAUCAGUUUGGUGAAAUCCGUUUAAUUACUAUGGUACCAAAACAACAAUGUGCUUUUGUAUGCUUCACAAACCGUUACUCUGCUGAAACUGCAGCUGAAAGGUCUUUCAACAAGCUUAUUGUAAAAGGACGAAGGUUAAAAAUCCUGUGGGGGAAGUCACAAGGUGCAAAAGCGGCCCCUGGAAAUGAAGGAGGGGCCAAGUUAACACCUGUACCUGGGUUACCUGAGGCAUUGCCUCCUCCUCCUGCAAUCACCCAACCAGAUGAAAACAACUUCUUUAAUCUUCCACCUUCUGGGAUUCCACUUCCCCCAAUGAAUAAUUCUUCAGCACCUCGGCAUCUCAUGGGAAUACCACCACCACCUUUGCCAAGUGGAUCACACCUAAUGCCACCAAGAUUACCACCACCACCAGGGCAACAGCAUCCACUACCUUAUCGCACUGAUGGACCCUUUCCUCCACCACCACAGAGGUUUAUGCACCCACCUCCUUUGAUGGGAGGUCCAGCCCCUCCACCAAAUAUGCCACCUCCAAAUAUAAGGCCACCUAAUAUGCCACCACCUAGCAUACCUCGAGCACUGGCCAAUAGAGGGCCACCUCCAUCAAUUCACUAUCCAUCACAAGAUCCACACAGGAUGGGUACAGCAGGAAAAGAUCCUGCCAUGAACCUUACACCACCAAAUCCAGCAUCUUGAACUCAGCAGCAAUGUAUUAUAUUGUUACAUAGAUACUUGCUAUCUCAAUCUAUGUCAUGGUUAACCUGGUUUACUAUGGAGGGAGUUUGAUGGAAACAAUCUAAGCCAAUGUUUUCAAUAAAAUUUUUUUUCCUA